AGGAACAGAAAGAGAUGCGAUACGUGUGUUUCAAGACGGUAGACAAGGUUUAUGGAAUCGACGUCUGCGAUUUGCUUUCUCCGCCCAAGGAGUAGGAGCAGGCGGUGGUGAGUUGGGAUUCUCUUCCUCCGAUUCCAGCUGCUUUCAAGGCUGAUCUUCCGGCUUUCUGCACGCGGCUUGUGGAGUUCGACUCCAACUUCUAUCUCCUCGGAGGUCUUCGCUAAUGUCCUGCCGGCUAUGCUUGUGAGUUGUGAUGGUCCUCCUUCGGUCAAAACAUUCCAACUUCUUCUCGAAGCAGAAGCAGUUAACGUGCAAGGAGGUGGACUUAAUCCCUGAGCCACCUAUGAGCUUCUACAGUAAUUUUUUUUCGGAAUACGUAGAAAUCAAGGGGGAUUAUUAUUUCAUCAAGUUCAAUCCUAUAAUGCCUAUUCAAGAAGUACCAGAUCGGUUCUGGGCUCUGCGCUCGCGUACAUAUGACUGGAAAUCUAAUGUAUUUGAAACACAACAUUUUGUGUUUGGGGACAAAAUAUAUUUUCAAACCAUUUAUGUUACAGAUGAGGAGUAUGAGGCAUUUACGAGGAUAAAGCCUUCGCCCAAUGUUGGAGAGUUUGAAAGUGUGCUUUUUUAUUCCUUUGAUCCACAUGGACUAAACUGGGGGCAGCUGAUGCAUUCAUAGAUUCUUUCAGUUUUACUGUUCAGGGCAGACGUCGCUUCCACUGUCCCAUUAUGACACUGCCUCUUCCAGACGACAGGGAUUAUACCUUUUAUCUUUCUGCUUCUCAUAUUGAAAAAACCGACCCUUUUGGUGAAUGGGAACAUGGGUAUAAAGCAACCUUACAUACCUUGCUUGUGAACAAAAGAGGUGUUCGAUUUGUUCAGCCAAUCGAGGGUUGUUUUGACGGCAUCCAACCUGCAUUUUCUGCUGCAUGUUCGGCUCUCGUCUACCUUGGUAUCAACAUGAUUUGUGCCAUGUUAAUUGGCUUUGCAGAUGAGUAUGAUCAUUCUAGAACUCCAUUGAUUUGUCUAUCUGUAUUUCAUUUAUCUAUCAUGGAGGAUGCUAUUGAUAUGGAUUACAUUAACAGUCCUGCUUCUCAUAAGGUUCAAAAUUUCUUAACUGUUAAUGCAAAGAGUAGACAUAUCUAUUCCAUGGUAGAUUAUUUGAAUUUUUGUCGGAUAGGGGAUGACUAUUACUCAUUUUUAACUGACAUUAGGGAAUUUCUUUGGAUGGAGUCAAAGGAUCCUCCUCUUUUUCCUGUGUCAAAGAGGCCAAAGCUCUUCUAGAAUUAUUUCCAUUUUAACAUACUUCUUUUAUUGAUGUUUUGUUUAGAUUUUCCUUCGAUGUAUUUAUGGUUUAAGAAUUAAGAAGACAUGUUACUUCUAACUGUAUUUUGUGAAUUUGGAAACUUCACAGAGAAAGAAUUGGGUUGAAUUUUUGAAAGAAUUCUUUUGUAAUUCAAUUCUCACAACAAUUGUUCAAUUUGGGAUGAAUGUGAUGUUAUUAAUAGUAUUUAUAAUUUCUUUUUCAUUAAGAAUACAAGAUGCGGGAUUAAGAUGGACAAACAUAAUAUUUUUGCAUCUAAGUUAGGCUGUUUCAUCAAUUGGCAAAUCCAUAUUUAAUUAGAUUUAAGAGAAAGAAAACUAAAAAGUAUACCAUACAUGUAAAUAGUGAACAAGACCCUUGUUUUUUCUUCUGAUGAUGAUAGAUGUGCAGAGUUUUGGAUUGAUAAAGCAUCAAUGAGCAAAUCAGCAUCUCCAUAUUUCACUUAGGCAGUUGGUUUCAUAAUUGCUCCUAGGAAAAAGACCAACGAAAAAGGUGCAAAAAGUCUCAUACAGGCCUAAGCUCGAUAACAGGGUUGUUGCAUGAUUCCAUUUUCCGUGUUGCAUUGCUGCUGUGUAUAAUCUCAACACUCAAUGACGAAGAUUCUUCACUACUUGUUCGAUUUGUCGUCGGCAAAGAGCACAACUGGUUAAGUGUAAAGAGUAUGGUAGCAAUAAUGAAUUGGUUUCCUCCAAAUGCAAAAAAGAUUGUAAGCUAGCUUAACUCAAAGCACAGAGUAGCUCAAUUGGAAGACAGAAUUGGCUAUGCUAUGUUUUGUGACUUUGUUUUAAUAACUUUUUUACUGAUAAAUUUGAACAUCAAUACAUGCAUAAUUUUACAGUGGAUUAACAUAAUUUAUUUGUUUGUUCUUGAAUUUUUGUUUAUGGCAGGGUCCUCAACCAUUGUUGUCCUCUGUUGCAUCGAAACCAGAGAUCGUUAGAUAUUGGUAUCCUUGUCUUAGUCCGAUUCUUGGCGAGGAAUCAAGGAAACCUCAAAAUGAGUGGGUAAAUUUGAACCUGCCAAUGUUGAGUUCUCAGCUAAAAGGCCUAUGAUUGUUGAUUUCCAAGGUGUGCAUGCUGCUCAUUGAAGUGUUAUAUGGUUUCGCCGAUUAUUUCCAUGUACUAUUAGAACUUAAAAUAUUUGUAGAGGUACAUGAGUUAUGUAUUUUUCUAGUUUCUUUCUAAUUGUCUCAUGGCAAAUGUAGAAACUUUGGCUAGUUUCCCAAUUGAGUUCAAAUUCUUGUAAUCUCCUCGUAUUCUUAGUUGAUCAUAGUAAAUUUUUCUCUUCUGUUUUCGAGUAUGUGGAUGUAGGAUUUUAGUUUAUUUUAGGUUGAAGAAUGUUAUCAUUACUUUUUAUGAAGAAACAUGAUAGUUAAAAGUAAGGAUAUGUUAUUUCUUGAAAAUUCAAUGGA